CUCGCAGUUCGUUCCGAGUCGUGUCAGUCAAGCAGAAAACGAACCGAGACAUGGUUACCGACAACAGGAGAAAACAAGGGCACUGGUGUGGAGAAGCGUCCAGCCGUGAGGAUGCUGAGAUGCAGACAGCUGGAUGUCACUGGCAGGAUGCGUCCUAUUGUACGUCCCAUGCGUAAGCGCGCGUUUGAUUCGAUGCCAUAAAUCUGGCAUGAAGAACGUCUCAAACUGCUUUGCAGAACCCGACUACAUGACAUUAGUGUGCUAAACGCAACAGAUAGGUAGAUAUCAAAACUGGCGUUUUGAAAUAAACAAAACCAUUGCGCAUCUUAUACAUUUAGUGCGUAUCCAAAUCCUAUUCGUCUCAGAGCAUCGUUCCAGGUGAACCAGCAACAUGUUGACCAGCAUCACUGAGAGCAUCUUCUGCUGUCUGAUGGGAAAGUCCAGCGCUGUGUUGCCGGUUGAGACAUCAGACGGAAAGCCGGCCGACGGAUUCGAGUUCGUGGAGGUGAAGCCGGGUCGGGUGCUGCGUGUGCGUCACAUCCUCCCAGAACGCCCCGCUACGACAGAAGAGCGCCCAGAACGAGACGGCACCGUCCACUGCAAACGCAAGAUCACGGUGUACCGCAACGGACAGCUGGUGAUCGAGAACCUGGGUGACGUUCUCCACUCCGAGAUCCUGCAGUGUCAGAACGGAGAUGUGGAACAGUCUAGCACUGUCGAGGUGGAGCUGUCCGACUACACCACUGCGCCGUCAUCUCCGGAUCCCAAACCCACUUCGCCUCUUCCCACUUCUGACCAUCAGAAGCCCGCCCCACCACCCAGACGCAGACGCAGGAGACCCAAGCGUACGGUACUGAUCGAUACGGAGCGUCGCAUCAGUAGCUGUAAGGGGACGCACACGGACGUGGCGCUGUUCUUCAUUCACGGCGUUGGCGGAUCGCUGGACAUCUGGGGCAGUCAGCUGGACUUCUUCUCACGGCUGGGUUACGAGGUCAUCGCUCCUGAUCUGGCGGGUCACGGUGCCAGUACCGCCCCACAGAUAGGAGCGGCUUACACCUUCUACGCCCUGGCAGAGGACCUGCGUGCCAUAUUCAAGAGAUAUGCAAGAAAACGAAACAUUCUCAUCGGUCACUCAUACGGGGUGUCGUUCUGUACGUUCCUGGCACACGAGUAUCCAGAGCAGGUGCAUAAGGUGGUGAUGAUCAAUGGAGGAGGACCGACAGCACUGGAGCCCAGUCUCUGUUCCAUCUUCCAGCUGCCACCAUGUGUUCUGCACUGUCUGUCUCCAUGCCUGGCCUGGAGUUUCCUCAAAGCUGGUUUUGCGAGGCAGGGUGCUAAAGAGAAACAGCUUCUCAAAGAGGGAAACGCAUUUAACGUGUCUCCGUUUGUGUUGCGAGCGAUGAUGAGCGGUCAGUACUGGCCGGAGGGGGAUGAAGUUUAUCACGCCGAGCUGACCGUACCCAUACUGCUGGUGCACGGCCUGUUCGACAAGUUUGUGCCGAUCGAGGAGGAUCAGAGAAUGGCUGAGAUCCUCUUGUUUGCGUUUCUGAAAGUGAUCGAGGAAGGCAGUCACAUGGUGAUGAUGGAAUGCCCCGAGACGGUCAACACCCUCCUGCACGAGUUUUUCCUCUGGGAGCCCGACACUUCCAAAAAGGACACGGUUGCCAUGGUUACAGCCGGCCAGACUGCGAAUGACACUGCUGCCAUGCCUGUCCAGACGCUCAGUGUCGCCAACGGCAACAGCACUGGGACUCCCAAGGUCAACAAACCCCUUAACAAGUAACCAACAGAUGAUUGACAUUUCGGGGUAAACCAAUCAGAAGGCAGGUGCUGCGAACGGCGUGACCGUCACAUUGGCUGAGAGCUGAUUUUUGGUCAGAAGGUCCAAGCAGGUGCUAUGAAGACAGAUUGAAAGGUUGGGACUCUUUCUGCGAGAGCUUGCGAAGUACGAUAAUGGUGAUUUAUGACAUCAUGAUGAUACCUUUGUAUCUCUCUGCUACCUUUGGACAAUAUCUUUCCGUCUUGUGCUGUUUAAACAAAAGGACUGAGUGUCCAUCUAGAGGACGAAACCCAGCGUUGGAGUCCAGGUUUUAUUGAAUUACGAGACGGCAGUCGCUGAGGUUGUUUUUGAGAAACCGGUUUGUGUUGGACGAGUUUAAAGUCAACAUGAAACAGCAUUUCCAGCCCCUUUUACUUAUAAUGGAUUGGAAAUCAAUGGGGUUGUAUUGAUUGGAUUUUAGUCAGGUGGUUGGAGGAGAGGAGGUGAAAAGUAGAGACGUGGUGACAUUAGCUAUAUAAUCAUUGUUAACAAUAAGACCUGGAACGUGUGUUCAGUAAAUCGGCUGGAUUUCAUAUUGACUUCAAAAGUCGUGUGCACAGAACCUGUGUUCACAUCACGUGGAGCUAAAUAACUUAAAACACGUUUUCAAUGUCUUCCCUCACAAAACAAAUCCAUCGCUUACAGGUUUAAGACCCUCUCCUAAAAACAGACAUACAGUAUAAAAUAUUGAACUGUGAGCCAUACGAGGUGGAACGAAGAUAACGUACAUGCUACACAUUAGGGUGUGUACUUGAAACAAAUUGAACAACAAAACAACGGAUGUUGCUUCACAAACGUGGGACGAGCAAAACAUCAACUGGAAAUCGACCAUCGCAUUGGGAUAUUUCAUGCACCGUUUCGUCUCCUAGCAACCUUGAAGUCAGGCAUUAAAAGAGAUGCGGUGAGAGAGAGCUAUAAUGAUGCUGAUGGCCACCGUGUGAUUUGGUGCUGAGGAAAAGCAGGAUAUAAGCCACAAUAUCACAGAAGUAUACUGUCACAAUGUCUUAGGAAGUGCGGAAUUUAUUCAGAUGAUAUUACGAAUAUCUAACCAUCAGGUUUAUCCAACACAUUGUGAGGACGCAAUGAUGUUCUUCUGUACCAUUAAACUUAAUUAGGGCAGCCUGUCUGUCUAUGCAAGAAUCAACUGUGGAAGCCUUGCAGCUGUUGCCAUGACAACAAAGAGUCACAAGCAAAAUGGAUUAAGAAUUACAAAAUUACAUUUCAAACAUCGUAUAAGAGCUCAUAGCUGAACGAAAAUGGUGUGAUAGUUAUGCAGAUGUUAAGAUGAAAAUCAUUAUAAAAUAUUCAGGAUAACUGAUAUAAGAAUUGGCUAUACCAAAGUGACAAGUCAAGCGUAAUUGGAUUCCAACAUGUGCAACAAAAUUGCAUUUCCCAGCAUUCUUUGGGGCAGCACAAAAAAGACAACAUAAAUAUCGCUGAUGUCCUUUUGAAACCUUGUGUCGCAUAUUUUGUGAUUUUUUUGCCAUAAAUCAUUAUUAUUAGUCACCCUUUAUGUUUUUCACUGGGUUUUGCAAAUGUCUAACCAAUAAACAUAGUAUGCAUUCAUUAAAAUAGUUUUUUCCAUUUCCUGAAAAACAGCAAAUUUGGACAUACAAGGUUUCAGAAGGACAGCGACGAUAUAUAUCACUUAAAAGGCAUUAAAGACAAACCUAAAGCAGAUAUAUAUUUUUAUCAAUUUUUUGUGCUGUCGUACAUCACAAGAUUUCAAUCCUGUGAGCACGGACAUCCUAAGGAAGAUUAAUACACAUUCUCAUUAAUGCAAAAUUUUUAAUACUUAAAAAUAUAAACAUUCUGUGCAUAACUUUUCUCAAAAACAAUACCUGAAAUUAUUGUGUUGAGAAGUGUGCCAUCACUUUUUUUAGCAGCUGUUUGCCUCGAAGAUGAUCAAACUAGAAGAAAACCAAAACAGAGACUUUAGGGUGGAUUCUUUUCACUUAUGCCAAUAAGAAAGCGCCCUUAGAUGUCCUAGCAACCGCAUAGCAACCAUAAAGCAAUGUCCUGGCAACCACCCACAUCACCCCGAGCAUCAAGGCUGCGGGUUUCGGGCCGACGACGCCACAAAGAUUUUCUUCAAAAGAGUCUAGUCCGGCAUAUUGUAAUAUUUUUGAGCAUUACCAGAGUUUACGAUGGAAUUUUGUAGUUGUGCAAUACUUCUGAACACACGGGGGAAAAUAUGACACUUUAAAUCCCGUCUUUCCAAUUCACAGAUGGUAGUAAUAAAACAAACAACGUUCAUGCAACAGGGUAAUGUCAACGUUACUUUUGCUACGUACAGUAGUUUUGGCUUUUCUCUGAGCGCCUGUGAAUACGGUGUUUGGAGUGAUGCGAAAACAUUGGGAAAAAAACGACAAACAAUACAGGCCGAUACUGUUAAAAACUGCCAAAGGUCUCAUUCAUGGGUUGAGAGUGAGAGAAGAAAUAUUUCACAGAGCACUGCAGGAGAUAUAAUAAACACAUGUUGUGCUGAUGAAGAUUUUCCUCUUCUUCUGGUCGUGAACAUUGUGGUGUCAAUUAUGUGUGUUUGCAUAUAUCUAUGAGAAAGUAUUUACCGUGCACUGCCUGAAACUAUGUGCAUUUAAAAUAUCAUGAAACUAUAUCAAAAAAUAAUGAUGAAAAUAAAAAUAAAACACACAUAUGUAUUUUGUCCGUGCAUUUUAUGAUGCGUGUAUGUGCAAGUAUAAAAAAUAUGAUGUAUAAACGUUUAAUAAUGAAUCUGAACAGUUGUUUUAAUCCUGUGUGAUUUUCUAUAUUUUGAAGUUUGGCUAUAUACAAACAUAUAUUAGAUUCGACAGAAGGCAAGACUGUGGUCUGUUCCACAUUUUAAGUUUAGUAUAUGUGGUCAUUAUGAAGUGUUUCUUUAAAAGAACCUGCCAAAUUCUCCAACAGAAAAACGUUUUAAACACAGCUUGAGUCAUGGGUUAGAAAAUAAUGACAUAUUUCAUUCAUGUCUUGAACUAUUGCUUUAUAAGGUAUACUUAUCAUCCAUACUUAUCAAAGUCAUUUUGGAUCAAAUUGUCCAAAAUGCAUGAAUGCAAACGUAGCCUACAGGCACAGCUGUGAUCUCAACACACGACCACUAGAGGGAGCAAAUAAUACUAAAAGACCGCUAUAUAUUGAAUUUACAAAACAGUAUUCUUGUGAAUCUGUAAUCGUUAAACAAACCAAAUAUUAUUCGCUUCUCCUCUGAGUGACUGAAAUUCAGGUUCACGAGCUGGCAUGCAAUCUUCUUUUUUGGCCUGGAUAAGUGUUGAGUAACACACAAACAUUUCUGAGGUGUGAUCAAAUUGCUCUGAAUCCAAUAAAAUAGCCAAGUAUUUAUACCGCACUACCUUACGGCCUCAAUCACCGCGGCAACCAGUUCAGAACCCUUUCAUAACAUCACGUGACACAUGACCGUCCCACCCUUCAUGUAUAUUUUCACCAAACUAGUCGAAACUUCUGUGUAGUCUGCCUGUCUGAAGGACGAAUUAUGUGCAGAACAUAUGGAAAAAAAACAAGAAUUCAUUUUCGUACGAUAUUUCAAAAGCGAUGUGGUUAUUUAGUGGUUUAAAUGACAUGGAAUGAGAUUUGGAACGAAGCUCUGCUCUCUUAAAAUAAUUCGCAAAUGUAAAUACAUGUUUUUUUCAGAAGUAAAACGCAGUUAAGGAGGAUUCAUUUUCUCCGAGCGCUUGUGGUUUGAAUCACCGUAAUUGGUUGCAUGAUUUGACAAGACAUGUUUACAACAUCUGGAUAUUUUGAAUAUACUCAAACGCCUAAUUACAACUCUGGGGUUAGGAAUUCAUGCAAACCUCCAGAACGGAGGGAGAGAGGACAGCGAACUAAACAUAUGCAUAUGUGCGUGAUGUUUGACAUUAAAAUACUUGGAACAAUCAGGUUAAUUGAAGACUCGAGAGUUGCUAUGGAAAGAUGUUUUGUGUUUUUUAAACACAUCUGAGGUGUGUGCUGGGCGGAUGUAUUGUUGUUGAAUGACAUGCACAUGAAGUUGUAGUCAUAUUUACCGGUGCGCUACCUCCAGAAGUUUCUGACAUCAGGGGCCCGGUUACAGUCUUGUGUUCACUGCGUUCAAACUGCCCUAACAAAAAAAGACGUUUAUUCAAGUGUGCUGUUAGUAUACUUCUUUUAAAAUAAAGCUUUAUGUGAGUCUAUAAAUUCUACGCAUUUUUUCAGAAAUAUACUUAAAAUCGCACUGAAUUAUGCACGAUUUACACUGACAGAAAAGUACUUCUAAAUUUGUACUUGUACUUGUGUAGUAUUCUAAGUACACUGUUCUUAUAGUUGUGUAGUCUAUAAAAUACUUUUUUGUUCACAUAAUUUUACAUACUGUCUUGUAAACAUGUUCAAGUUUGUAUAUAACAAGUGAGCUUUGGGGUAAAAUAGUAACAAAACAUGUAUGAAACUGUAUCUGAUCUUCUUUCUACACAGUGAUCGCAGUUAAUUACUUCAAAUCUUCUUCAAGUAGCCUACACUUAAAGAUGUCAAGUACCCAGCUAACACAGUACGUUCUGACAACGUCGCCAGUUCGUCUUCAUUUGGUCACCUUGACCUUACUUUGUGACCACGUUUUGAGGACGUCUUGGCAACGUUCCAUUUUUUUUUAUUUUUGCUUAAGUUCCAGAAACGUCCUAGCCACGUCCUCAAAUAACGUCGUGAAUUAAUCCCAUAGAGAACCUUGUAGCAACGUGAUGUACUGGUCUUCAGAAAACCUGGACACUGGUCAUUUUUGCUUACGUUCCAGAAACGUCUGAGCCACGUCCUCAAAUAACGUCGUGAAUUGAUCCCGUUGAGAACGUUGUAGUGACGGGAUGUACUCGUCUUUAGAUGACCUCGACACUGGUCAUUUGAUUAAUGAAUCUGGUCAUUUCUGUGUAUUAUGUUAUUGUAUGGAAAAUGUAUGAUCAGUGUAAAAUCUGUUAUAAUGUCAAGACGAAUGCUAUUCAUCUGACUUCUGACAGCUAUUAAACUGGAGUUUAAUUCGAUACCACAAUUACAACUAUUUAUUUUGUGCGCUCGCCUCUGACAUGCUAAAGUAACAUCAGGCA